AUGACGGUCCCUUCAAAUCUGAUGCAAUUCUCGGAGGAUAUCAUCAAACAGUUGACUCCGGAAGAAAUUGACGAGUUCCGAGAGGCGUUCAUGAUGUUUGAUAAGGACGGCAAUGGAACGAUAUCGACGAAGGAAUUGGGAAUUGCAAUGAGAAGUCUCGGACAAAAUCCGACUGAGCAAGAGAUUCUUGAGAUGAUCAAUGAAGUCGACAUCGAUGGAAACGGACAAAUCGAGUUUCCCGAGUUUUGUGUGAUGAUGAAACGAAUGAUGAAAGAAACUGAUUCCGAGAUGAUACGCGAAGCAUUUCGUGUGUUCGACAAAGACGGCAACGGUGUCAUCACUGCCCAGGAGUUCCGCUAUUUCAUGGUUCACAUGGGAAUGCAAUUUUCUGAAGAAGAAGUCGAUGAGAUGAUCAAAGAAGUUGAUGUUGACGGUGACGGAGAAAUCGAUUAUGAGGAAUUUGUAAAAAUGAUGUCGAACCAAUGA